AUGCCCGACAAAACUUUAUUACUGGAGGAGGUGAAUGUGCUCAUAAAUGGAACAGUUUCUUCACCACAUAUUGACUACUACAAACAUCUCGACUAUGUCGUUAAACAAGCAAUUGCUGGAGAUCAAGUUGUCUAUAGGAUGGCUAUCCUAAACAAUAUAUUGUGGCAGUGGGCAAGUUUAAAGGACCCCGAGAAAAACUACAUUGACUUGCUUAACGAUAUUAUACCAGGAACUGUUGUAAGAAUUAAAAGAGAUUCGAAACGAGUAAAAGAACGCUUACGCGUUACCAUCAGUCGUGUAACAGGGAGCAUAAGGAAAAAAAACAGAUCCGGCUCAGAAAAGCAGAGAAAUGAAAUUUUAAACGGCUGGACAAACCUCAGCAUUUUGGCUGGUGACAUAAUGAAUCCUGGUGAGAUGGAAGAAGAAAUAAAGAGACUUGAAGCAAAAGCCGCAGAUUUAAUGGAAAGGUUGAAGACGUGUAAUGUUGAAGUUGAGGAAUGGAGAAAGAAGUAUGAAAAUCUUGAAGGCGAAAAGAAAAAGGUUUUCGAGGAACUGACAGCGGAAAUCCUCAACAGCCAGGACAAGAAGAAAAUUUCUAAUCUAGAAGCCGAAAAUGAAGAAAUAAAAAAAUAUAUAAGAAAAUUAGAGAAAGAGCAAAGGGAUGAUGUCAGUGAAAUACAAAAGUUCACUAAGGAAAUGACAACACUCUCUAAACGACAGGUAACUCGGAGGGUAGAAUCUCUCUCAAGCAGAGCUCAGAAAGCAUUAUGGUUUAGCAAACAGUAUGGUUUGGAACUUGAUGCUUUGUGCUUCAAAGACACAGAGGGAAACCAAUAUCCAUUAAAGAUUCCACCUUCCAAUAGCACAUCACCUGCCCCUCCCAAUUCACCACAACAAAAUCCUGGUUCUACCCCUUCUACCUCAUCACAAACUCCUGGUUCUGUUCCAUCCACACCACCGCAAGCCCCUGGUUCUACCGCAUCCACUCGUUCACAAGCCCCUGGUCUUAUGACACCUACCCUGCAACAAGUCCCUGGUUCUACCCACUCCACCCCAACUGGAACCCCUGGUGCUGCCCCACCUACACCACCACAAACCCCAGUUGCUGUGCCACCUGCCAAUGGGUCAUCUUGCCAAGCCACAGUGACUCCAUUAAAUGGGACACCACCAUUGGGCAAUCAGACCACAACACAAUGCAAAUGGGUGCAAUACGAUAGUUUGUCAGACAGUGAAAAGGAGAGAGUGGAAGCAGUACUGUUCCUUAUGGAUAAGUUUGCUGUGGGUGAUCCAUUUGUACAUGAGUUGAGCAUGCUGAUAAAUGGGAUGCCAAGGUCAUACCUUAUUAAGCAGUGCCGAGACAAGCUUAAUAGCAGUUGCCUUGUAAAACCAACCAGUGGACCAGAGCCAGGUGCUCAAAUUUCUUUCAAAGAGUCCCUUAUCAGCAAGCUGAACUCUCUUGUAAGUACAUAUCAUUUGCUUCAAAAUAAUGCUAUUCAUUUCUGUUUUUUUUUUCUAGAAACAAGCAUAAAAUAAUACAAAAAUAAAUUGCAAACAUUCCCUUAAUUGACAGGCAGAAAAGGGGCAACUGUCUACUGACAAGCCAGUCAGAGUAAAAAUCAGUGGUGAUGGAGCCCGCAUGACAAGAUUGACCAACUUUGUCAUACUCAGUUACAGUCUGCUUGAUGAUGAUGAUAAUCUGUUUACUGCUAGAGGUAAGAAACCUUGUUUUAGGUGGCUUUUGCCAUGCAAACAGCACCUUUUUACUGUUUUUUUUUUGUGUCAUAUCCACACCACACUUCUUUUCUGUUAUGUUAUUAUUUUCUAUGAUAAAAACUAUUAUAAUAAUACUUUAUACUCCAUCAUUUAGGUACCAACACUAUUGCCAUAAUGAGUGGGUCUGAAUGCUACGCAUCCAUCAAGGCAAAUUUCAAAGAUUCGUGGGAUGAAAUAAAUAAAAUGAUAGCUGGUGGUAAAGUCUCAAUAAACCAUGGACAAGAAGUACCUGUUGAAAUCUAUCUUGGUGGGGAUUACAAGGUUAGAUGUGAAGCUGUUAGAUGGAAGAAGAACUAAAUACAGAUUGCAGUUUUUGGCUACCCCUUUAUAAUAAUAUUUUAUACUUAUAUUGCACUUAUUUUGAAUAAUCAAAAAAAAAUUACAGUUAGCAUAUUAAAAACUACCGACUAACCUUAAAAGUUAAAACCUAAAAUCAUAACAUAAUUUUAAAAAGUAAAAAGUUUAAGCAUUAAAUCUAACAGAAGGCCUCAGAAAAUAAAAAAGUCGUGACUGGACACUUAAAGUGUUACCAUUCUCUUUUCAGGCAAAUUACCAGAAUAGCCAUGCCUUGGUACCCAUAGAAGGAGGUCACUCAUUACUUCAUUCUUAACUUGUUUUAUUUCUUUAGUUUCUCUUGUUAGCUAGUGGCCGGUCAGCUGCAACCUCCAACUAUGCUUGUUUAUGGUGCAAGAUCCACAAAGAUCAAAGGUAAAGUUACAGUAAUUUUUGAAUUAAUUAUCAAAACAAGUAAUCAUAAAGGUCAAUACAAAGCAGAAUUCUAUUCCAAGUAUAAAAUACAACCCUGUUCAUGCAAAGAAAGGAGGAGGAACUACCAUUUCUUUUUCAGAUGGGACAUGUCCAAGCCAGGAGACUUUUACAGCAAACCCCCCAUGGCAUUCACCUUGGCAGAUGUAAAAAAACAUGCUACUUCAUCCGAGUUCUGCUGCAUUAACCAGCCUCUGUUAAACAUACCUCUCCAUCACAUUGUCCUUGAUGAGCUUCAUCUCCUUCUUCGAAUCACUGAUGUUCUGCUAGCCAAUCUAAUUGAAGAUGCCAUGGAGUGGGAUGACCGAGAAGAUUUUUUAAAGAGGAGAGGGGAGACCAAAGGCGUUCACUUAAGAAAUCUGACACAAGUGAUAAACAGCUGUGGCGUAACAUUUUCAGUGUGGGAGAAGAAGGAUGGUGAUGGAAAGGGGACAGGUAAAAUGGACUGGACCUCGCUGAUGGGAGAUGAAAGAAAAAAACUACUCAAAAAUCUUCCUGCAAAAUUAGAGGCCUCACAGGAUUCCAUCAAUCAUGAUACUGCUGAGACAGUUAUUAAAAUAUGGAAGGUACUUUUCUAAACCCUAUGUGGAUAUCUUAAUAUACCGGUGUACAAACAUAUGGUAGUCAAGAUUUUAUUGGAAACUUGCAAUUUUCUUAAACUGUUCAAUCCUCAGCUCAUUCAAGUUCUAACAUUUUAUCCACUUUCCUCUAAGGACUUUUCAGAUAUUUAUUUCAACACAGUAUCAUCACUAUUGCCAGAGCGAAGAGAACAAUGUGGAGCAAAGGUAGAGUAGAUCCUAUAUGCAACAUUUAAGGCAAUGUUUGACUUAUUAUUUGACAGGGUUUUCGAAACAGAUUGUUUCCUAAAUGCUAUAUUCCAAAGAAAAGUAUAACCUUUCCUUAUUAUACAGAUACGAGAAUGGGUCAGACUUUUUCUGUCUAUUGCAAAUUCCCGUAAGGGAUAUGCAAACAAGAAUGUGACACCUUACAUGCAUGCCGCUGCAUACCACCAUGCUUUCUGCUCUUCACUUGCAAGAUACCAUUGA